AUGGCGUCUUGCUUGGUGCCGGACUUCCCCGCCGUCAUGGUUGCCCUCGAACACUUAAAGGAGCUGGACAACGUGCUGAAAGAGGAGGGAGUCCCAUUCGCACCUGAGGCCAGCCUCCAUUUGGCAGAGCUGAAGGCUGCUGUCACCGACUUGGAGUCAGACCGACGUGCUGCCCACGAACAUUUAGAAGUGGAAACCAUAGAAAACAGCAAGCUACGACUCCAAAUAAACAACGUACGUGAUCAAGUGAGCCAGGAAAUCAAGGCGGACGUGGCAGCAACCCGAGCAUCCAAUGCUGAGGAGAUGGAGCUGCUGCACAAGGAGCUCAACUCAGUGUCUCGGCUGCGAGAAGCUACUGAGAAGAGGCAGGGAGUCCUCCUGAGCCAAAAUGAAGCCUUGAACCCUCACAAAGAACGAGAGAAGGCCCAGCAUGAAGAGGUCGUCGCUGUUUUGAAUGAUCAAAUCUCCCUAAAGUACAGCUUGCAAAUGCAACUCGACCAGACACUGGGGCGGAUAGAGGAGCUGAAGAUCUGCAUCGCUGCUGUCAAACAGGACAAAAUAUCACUGGAGCAAAACAUGGUGCUGGAGAGAGAAGCCUUCGAUGUGAAAAAACGCAGCCUGUCCGGUGACGAGAAUCAGAUGGACGAGAAAAUCAAGCAGCAGGAACAAGUGAUCAGGAGAAGCAGAAGAGAGCUGGGGAGAGUAACCGAAGAGAAACAAGAGAGCCGUGGCCGUCUGGAAGAGCUUGUGACUGAUUCAGCCAAGAUAGAGGGCAACCUACAAAGACUGACAGAGUCUCUGUGCCAGUUUGAGAAACAGCUGGUCGAUGAGACUCAAAGGCGUCAAGACCUGAGGCGACUGAGAGAAACUCUGAAGAAGGAGUUGUGUGACUCAGGAGAAGCAUUCAGCCUUGCCGUUCAGAAUCUAAGGGAGAGAAUCACUGCACUGGAGAGCAAAAUAGAGGAGGGUCAGUCAUCAAAGUUUCUCUGUCAGGACCAACUGGCCCAUAUCCAUGAGACAUUCAAGCAGCAGCAUGAUGAAGAGAGCAACGUGCGGGCAGAGCACUCCUGUGCAUCACAGCAGCUGGAGCGGUCCGGGCUACAGCUGGAGGAACGCGUUGCCUACGUAGUCAAACACAACAAGGAGAUCAGAGAGAUGGACAAGCAGAUCAGAGAACUAAUGAAGGCUGACACGAUCAACAAGCACAUGUGUGAGAGGAAUCGGGAGGAGCUGUGCGGUAAUGUGGAAGCAGAGAGGAAUAACAUCCGCCACCUCGAGGAGGAGAGGAACGGGCUGAGGAGACUUCUGGAGCAGGCAAAAAGGGAGCAGGAGGAACACAUGGCGAAAAUAAACUCUGGCAUCACCAGCACAAGGAGGCGCUACGAGGAGCUGCGCCAAGAGGAGGCCGCUCUCCAGCAGCGCCAGCCCAAGAGCACAGAUGCCGACCUGCUAAUGAACCAUGUGACCCAGUGUGCAGCGGAAUACAGACAAAUAGAGAUCCAACUCCAUCAGGAGAUUGAGCAGUGCACCGCAGAGACUGAGGGCAUCACACGGAGCACUGAGGAGAGGCAGAGGGUGGUGAAGGAGAAAGAGGAGAUGCUCGAGGAGGUGGAGGCAAGGUGGAAUGAGGAGCAAAGCCACCACCAGAUGCUGAAAACGCUGACCUCCGAGCUGAGGCAGAGGAGAGCUGAGUUGGAGCUGUCCGUCCAGGUGCUGAAGAAGAAAACCAUCUCUCUGCUUCAGCCCAAAGAAGAGAUGAAGGCAGAGCGGGAGGAAACGCGAGCACGUCACAUGGAUGUGCUGUCCAGACAGGCCUCAGAGCUGAGAGCUGUGGAACUGAGCAUCUAUGACACCAGUGUGAAACUGGAGCAGGUCAGAGUGGAGAACAGCAGGCUGCAUCUCUGCAUCAGACAGAUGACGGAGGACGUCAACAGGGUCAGGUGGAACAAAGACAGAUACUGGCAGGAGGUUCACCAGUUCAACCGGGACAAGCAGGCCUUGUUUGACACGUUACAGGAAGCAUGGAGGGAAGAUAUAGUGGUAACGGAGGACUGUCAGAGGAGUGAUGGUGUCCUGCUGGUGUGUAUGAAAACUCUGCUGAACCAUCUGAAGACUAGGAGACAGCAGCUUGGACAUGUCAACAUACUCCUACACCAGAAAAUGCUAGAAUUCAGCAAGAGACUGGGAGAUAAAACAUAUCUGACUUGACACAAGUUCUGUCACAAAUACUGUUGAGGGUUCACAUGAAUUCAGAUCCCCUUUAAAAUAAAGUAAAAACGUAUGAAAGAUCAGAGCAGCAGGAACAUACAGACAUCUGUUAAAUGUAUUGUUAAACAGUGCAGUGUCCACAGUGAACCUGGGCUGUUGGGUUGUUUGCUUGGCCUGUUUCCUGUGAAACUUUUAAGUGACCUGUAGUAUGGAGUCACAGGAAGUAAAGACCAUCUGCAGGACUCAGUCCAUAGAGCGUGAAGCUGUUCAGAUUUGGUGAGCCUUGGUACACAGAACCCUGAACUGGAGGGGCGGUUGUCUUUGCCGUUGUUGUGAAAGUGAUCAACAACAUAACAUUCAUACAGUCCCAGUGAUCGUUGCUACAGAGCGCUGGUCCUGGGUCCUUCACAAUACAUGGCAAGUGUGACGCUGCUAAGACAAUUGCUUCUCUCUCAAGAUAAGCCAAUCACUUACAGAUUUUGGGAUGUGUCAGCAGUAUGCUCGUACGGCAAACAUACGCAUAGAGGCAAAGUGGCUUCAUUGUUUUAACAGCUUGAGCCAUCAAUACCAUAUUAAGUUUAUUUUAUAAUGGCAAAUUACUUAUUUUUCUCUUUUGGCAUUUUGCCUUCAUUGCCUGCUGAUAUACGGUUUAAGGAGAGUACAAGGGGGUAGGCUCAGUGUGCAGCAGGGGUUCAAGCUUCAAACAUUCAACAUUGUGGUUCAGGAUUUAACUAUUUGGCCACUUAGAUGGGUCUGUAGUGGAAUUACAAACAUUUUAUAUAGUGAAUUGUUUAAUUUCUGGAUUUUCCCAAAAAACAUGUUGCAGGGUUAGGGUUAGGGUCACAGGUUAAAUUAUAUAAUUAAUGAUGAGUGACUCCCUUUCAAGUUGCUUCUGUUUCUCAGUCCUUAGGCCUUAAGUCUAAAAUAUAUUAAAAUACCAUGUGCUAGGUCUUAAAUAUCUUUUCUAAGAGAAAUGUUUGUUGACAUGCAUUAUCUGUAAUGUCUGUAUUGUAGCUCUUCUUCAACAAUACAAAUAUGAACAUAAAUAAAACCACAGACCCACGUGGAGCUUAUUACUGAUGGUCUACAAACACUCAGGUCAGUACUGAUCUCAGUGCACUCAAUCCUGAACAGAGGCCUUAAGUCAAAUAUUUGUGUUUUGGAUUCUCUCAUGACAAAUCCACCUUGAAGCAUUACUGUCAAAGUAAAAUGCUCACUUUCUGUGCAAUUGAUAAGCCAAAAACGUAUGUAUGAAGUAUAAAUGCAUAAUGGGGUUAAUACAAGUUAGACAUAAUAAGUACUUAUACACUUGUAUUAAGUCUUAAGUUACUAUUGUCAUCAUUGUUUCAAAGUCUUCUAACAUCAUGACACACACAUGUAGUCCUUCUCUUUGUGGCUUUAUUUCUCAUGCACGGUGUUUGACAGAUACAGCACCUCUUGUAGAUCUGUAGAGCGGCCAUAAACCAAAACCUAUGUAACUGUGUACAGUGAGAACAGAGGAAACAUUUAACCCUGAGACACAUGAGGUGUAAUGACAGAAGUGUUGUGUUUGAAAUGACUUACUGGUUUGUCAUCAUAUAUACGUAUAUGUGAUUUGAAUUACAAUUCUUUAUUGCAAUUGUCGUAGAAAUUUCAAGGACAGAGUUAUACAAUUAUCUUUCUAUAAGUUUAAUUCCUAAACAUCUGCAGAUGGGCCCAGGCCACACGUCACCUAGAGUGACGUGCAACCAUGAGCACAGAGCAUAGGAGAAUCAAUACAUUUAUACAUGAAAGACUCCUCCGAUAAG